AUGGGAAGUUACUUGUCUGCCCCAGCUUACUUCGCUCCCAAGGAUCCCUUUCGGUGCUCCGAGUGUCAGGAUCCCCUCACUAACUGGUACUAUGAGAAAGAUGGGAAGCUGUACUGCCACAAAGACUACUGGGGGAAGUUUGGGGAAUCCUGCCACGGCUGCUCGCUGCUCAUGACUGGACCUGUGAUGGUGGCUGGCGAAUACAAAUAUCACCCCGAGUGCUUUGCUUGUAUGAGCUGCAAAGUGAUCAUUGAAGAUGGGGACACUUACGCGCUCGUGCAACAUUCCACUCUCUACUGUGGAAAAUGCCAUAACCAGAUUGUGCUGACGCCGAUGAUAGAGAAGCACUCCACUGAGUCUCUGCGUGAGCAGCUGCCUUACACGCUGACCCUCAUCUCCAUGCCAGCAGCUACUGAUGGCAAGAGGGGCUUCUCCGUGUCGGUGGAAGGUGGAUGCUCCAGCUAUGCCACUGGCGUCCAGGUGAAAGAAGUUAACAGGAUGCACAUCAGCCCAGAUGUCCGAAACGCCAUCCACCCUGCAGAUCGUAUCCUGGAGAUCAAUGGAGCUCCUAUUCGUACGUUACAGGUGGAGGAGGUGGAGGACUUGAUUCGCAAGACAAGCCAGACGCUUCAGCUGCUGAUCGAGCAUGACCCUGUCUCGCAGCACUUAGACAGGCUUUGUUUGGACUCCCACCUUCCCACCCACAUCAAGCCGCGCAUUUCCCCACGCUCCCUCUCUCCACUGGACAUCAAGGAGAAUCUGGAAGGGACGCUCCGACGACGCUCCCUCAGGCGAAGUAACAGCAUUUCAAAGUCUCCUGGCCCCAGUUCUCCAAAGGAACCACUCCUCCUGAGCCGUGACAUCAGUCGUUCUGAAUCCCUACGUUCCUCUUCUAGCUGCUCCCAGCAAAUCUUCCGGCCCUGUGACCUGAUUCAUGGCGAAGUACUAGGAAAAGGAUUUUUUGGACAAGCAAUCAAGGUGACUCAUAAAGCAACAGGAAAGGUGAUGGUGAUGAAGGAGCUGAUUCGCUGUGACGAGGAAACACAGAAGACUUUCUUGACAGAGGUGAAGGUGAUGCGCAGCCUGGAUCACCCCAAUGUGCUGAAGUUCAUCGGUGUACUGUACAAGGACAAGAAGCUGAAUCUCCUCACCGAGUACAUCGACGGAGGCACCCUGAAGGACUUCCUCCGCAACGCGGACCCGUUUCCCUGGCAGCAGAAGGUCAGCUUUGCCAAAGGAAUUGCCUCUGGAAUGGCUUACUUGCACUCCAUGUGCAUCAUCCACAGGGACCUGAAUUCACACAACUGCCUCAUCAAGUUGGAUAAGACGGUGGUGGUGGCGGACUUCGGUCUGUCUCGGCUGAUUGUGGAGGAAAGAAAAAAGCCCACUUUGGAGAAGCCAUCUGCCAAGAAACGAACCCUGCGCAAGAGCGACAGGAAGAAGCGCUACACGGUGGUUGGCAACCCGUACUGGAUGGCCCCAGAGAUGCUGAAUGGACAGAGCUACGAUGAGACAGUGGACAUCUUUUCAUUUGGGAUUGUUCUCUGUGAGAUCAUAGGCCAGGUCUACGCUGACCCGGACUGUCUCCCACGCACACUGGAUUUUGGCCUUAAUGUCAACUGGGAGAAGUUUGUUCCUUCUGACUGCCCUCCAGCCUUCUUCCCCCUGGCUGCUAUUUGCUGCAGACUGGAACCAGAGAGCAGGCCCUCUUUUUCCAAGCUGGAAGAUUACUUCGAAGCUCUCUCCCUCUACCUGGGAGAACUUGCCAUCCCCCUUCCAUUGGAGCUGGAGGAGCUGGACCACAACGUGAGUCUGCAGUACGGACUGAACCGUGACAAGCUGCCUGACAACACAACCUAGUCAGCUCGUCCUGCUGCCUGCACCGGUUCCGUCGACGAGCGACAGGGAGGGAGAUGCACUCCAGCCACUUCCAGGGCAUUAGUGGGGCACCGUGCUGUGCGUUUGCUGCAUUGCCUCUCUCUCCCCACCCAA